AUGGAAAACCACAGCAUUGUAACUGAAUUUGUCCUCCUGGGACUUUCCCAGAAUCUAAGUGUUCAGAAAAUAGAAUUUGUUGCAUUUUUGUUUGUUUACAUAAUAACUGUCGGGGGCAACUUGCUAAUUGUGGGGACCGUUGUCUGCAGUCCUGCUCUGCGGGGCUGCCCCAUGUACUUCUUCUUGGCCUUCCUGUCCUUCCUGGACGCCUGCUUCUCCUCUGCUAUGACCCCAAAGAUGAUUGUGGACCUGCUGUAUGAGAGGAAAACCAUUUCUUUUCAAGGCUGCAUGGUGCAACUGUUUGCUGAACACUUCUUCGGUGGAGCAGAGGUGAUUGUGCUCACAGCCAUGGCCUACGACCGCUACGUGGCCAUCUGCAAGCCCCUGCACUACUCUUCCAUCAUGAACAGGAGGCUCUGUCAUGCUCUGAUGGGUGUAGCCUGGACGGGGGGCUUCCUGCAUUCCAUCAUCCAAAUUCUCUUCACUUUCCAGCUCCCCUUUUGUGGCCCCAAUGUCAUUGACCAUUUCAUAUGUGACCUGUACCCAUUGCUGAAGCUUGCCUGCACCGACACGCACAUCUUUGGCCUUUUGGUUGUUGCCAACAGUGGGUCCAUCUGCAUUAUCAUCUUCUCCCUCUUGAUUGUCUCCUAUGGUGUCAUCUUGUUCUCUCUGAGGAAGCACAGUUCUGAAGGGCGGCAGAAAGCCCUGUCCACCUGUGGGUCGCAUGUUGCUGUAGUGGUUUUGUUCUUUGUCCCCUGCAUAUUUACAUACGCACGGCCCCCAUCUGCCUUCUCCUUUGACAAAAUGGUGGCCAUAUUCUACUGCACCCUCUCUCCCCUGCUCAAUCCUUUGAUUUAUACUUUCAGGAAUAAGGAAGUGAAAAAUGCCAUGAGGAAAAUGUGGAAGAGAUUGGUGUUGGUGUCUGAUGAAAAAUAA